GUGCGGGCUCAGCCCCGGAUGACAACACUCCGGAAGUGCCCGAAUAGCGGCGGAAGCGGAAGCGUCGCGGCGGUGGGGGCCGCGGGAAGCGUCGGUCGCGGUUCUCCCCUCCCUCUCAGCCACAAUAACAAACGAAGGGCCGGCGUAGGUACUUUGGACUCAAGUAACCAAGAGGGGAGAUUUGUUCUUUGAUACUGGAGAUAACGCAGCAAUGGGCCCACGAAAGAAAAGUGUUAAAACAUGUCUCAUGAAUAAUGAGACCCCUGAGGAAGCAAUGUCAGAUGAGACGAAGGAUUACAUGAAUCAACUUUCACAUGAAGUGCUUUGCCAUAUUUUUAGGUACCUCCCUCUGCAGGAUAUCAUGUGUAUGGAAUGUCUUUCCCGGAAGCUAAAGGAAGCAGUGACCUUGUAUCUGAGAGUUGUGAGGGUUGUGGAUCUCUGUGCAGGGCGAUGGUGGGAAUACAUGCCAAGUGGCUUCACAGAUUCCAGUUUUCUAACACUAUUGAAGAAGAUGCCAGACGUUGAACAGCUAUAUGGCCUUCACCCUAGAUACCUGGAGAGGCGAAGGGUACGGGGCCAUGAAGCUUUUAGCAUUCCAGGGGUUCUGGAAGCUCUGCAGGCCUGCCCAAACUUAGUGGGUGUGGAGACUUCUCAUUUGGAAUUAGUAGAAUCCAUUUGGACAUACAUGCCACAUGUUCAUAUUUUGGGGAAAUUUCGUAAUCGUAAUGGAGCAUUUCCAAUUCCUCCUGAAAAUAAACUGAAAAUUCCUAUAGGAGCCAAAAUUCAAACUUUACAUUUAGUUGGGGUGAAUGUUCCCGAAAUUCCUUGUAUUCCAAUGCUGAGGCACCUUUAUAUGAAGUGGGUAAGACUCACUAAACCACAGCCGUUCAAGGACUUCCUUUGCAUCAGCUUACGGACCUUCGUCAUGAGGAACUGUGCAGGACCCACAAACUCCUUGAAAUAUGUUCCUUUAGUAACAGGCUUAGCCUCUGCCCGAAACUUGGAACAUCUGGAAAUGGUUCGGGUUCCUUUCCUUGGAGGUCUUAUCCAGCAUGUAGUUGAAGACAGUUGGAGAUCAGGUGGUUUUAGAAAUUUGCACACUAUUGUUUUGGGAGCUUGCAAAAAUGCUCUGGAAGUGGAUCUUGGCUACCUCAUUAUCACUGCUGCUCGUAGGUUACAUGAAGUUCGGAUCCAGCCUUCUCUAACCAAAGAUGGUGUCUUCUCUGCCUUAAAGAUGGCAGAGUUGGAGUUCCCCCAAUUUGAAACCCUUCAUCUGGGAUAUGUAGAUGAGUUUUUGCUGCAGAGCAGAAUGGCUAAUGCAGAUCUGGUGAAGUAUGGUUUGGCUGAUGUGGUAGAAAAUCCUGGUAUCAUCACCGAUAUAGGGAUGAAAGCAGUCAAUGAAGUUUUUUCCUGUAUCAAAUAUCUGGCCAUUUACAAUUGCCCCCAUCUACAUAACCCAUACAAUUGGAUCUCAGACCACUCAAGAUGGACUCGAUUGGUUGAUAUCAACUUAGUGCGGUGUCAUGCUUUGAAGCUGGACUCCUUUGGCCAGUUUGUUGAAUUGUUGCCCAGCCUGGAGUUUAUUUCACUGGACCAGAUGUUUCGUGAACCACCCAAAGGCUGUGCUCGAGUUGGCCUGAGUGCAGGCACAGGAAUCGGGGUGUCCUCGGCCCUUGUAAGCAACCAGAACUCCAACAAUGACAAUGAUAAUAAUGCCCAGAAUAAUGCCAACAUCCAUGACAACAAUCAUCAUCAUCCAGAUGACUCAGAUGAGGAGAACGAUUUCCGGCAAGAUCUACAACCAGGAGAGCAGCAGUUUGCAGCCGACGCAUUGAAUGAGAUGGAAGACAUGGUGCAGGAAGAUGGAGAGGUGGUGGCUGAGAGUGGACAUGAGACUCCAGCACAUAGUCAGGCAGUUAUUCCUGUGGAUGUUGACGAGGAACAAGCAGGACCCAGUGGUCUUCAACGUGUAGUAAAACCAACCCCAAUUACUGUUCAUGACUCAGAGAGUGAUGAUGAGGAAGACAGUCUUGAACUCCAGGAAGUCUGGAUUCCUAAGAAUGAUGCUCGGCGUUAUUCUGAGCGUGAAGAAAAAAACGGAGAGUCGGCGCAGUCCAGGGAAUUGUCAGUAAGUGGAAAAGGCAAGACUCCACUUCGAAAGAGGUACAACUCCCAUCAGAUGGGCCAGUCGAAGCAGUUUCCCCUCGAGGAAAGCAGCUGUGAGAAAGGCUGUCAGGUCACCAGUGAGCAGAUCAAAGCCGAUAUGAAAGCAGCUAGGGAUAUUCCUGAAAAGAAAAAAAACAAGGAUGUUUAUCCCAGCUGCAGCAGCACCACCGCCAGCACAGUGGGAAACUCCAGCUCACACAGCACUGCUUCUCAAAGCCCUGACUUUGUAAGGACGGUGAACAGCGGCGGCUCUUAAGUGGAUGUGUCCAGGCAGUGUGUCUGCUCCCCCGCUGGGUCAGAGGACUCUGAGGCCAUGGAGGAGGGAGAUGCAGAGAGUUCUGUCUGCCCCAGAUGCUGCUGUCACAGGCCCCAGGAAUCCCAAAGGAGAACUAGCAGGUGUUCUGAUGAGGAACGUCCUUCAACCAGCCGAGCCUGUGUUGUGAAUGGCCCGGAUGAGGUUGCCAAAACAAAGCCACGCCAUGCCAUGAAGCGGAAGCGGACAGCAGAUAAGUCCACCAGUACCAGUGAUCCUGUGAUUGAGGAUGACCAUGUGCAGGUCCUUGUAUUAAAAUCCAAAAAUCUUGUUGGAGUCACUAUGACCAACUGUGGCAUCACAGAUCUGGUGCUAAAGGACUGUCCCAAGAUGAUGUUCAUUCACGCUACCAGGUGCAGGGUACUAAAACAUUUAAAAGUGGAAAAUGCACCAAUCGUAAACAGAUUCGACUAUGCACAAUGCAAAAAACUGAACAUGGAUCAGGUACUAGACCAGAUACUGCGGAUGCCUCCUGAGAGAAACCGCAUCAUAUACCUACGCCCAAUGCAGCAGGUGGACACGCUAACACUGGAGCAGAAGCUGUUCAGUGGUCCCUACCCCUAUCACAUCUGCAUCAUCCACGAGUUCAGUAACCCUCCUAACGUACGGAACAAGGUGCGCAUCCGCAGCUGGAUGGACACUGUAGCCAACAUCAACCAAGAGCUCAUUAAGUAUGAAUUCUUCCCAGAAGCCAGGCGAAGUGAAGAAGACUUAAAGAAAUACCCCAAGUACCCCUGGGGCAGAGAGAUCUAUACUUUAGAAGGUGUUGUGGAUGGUGCACCGUAUUCAAUGAUUUCUGACUUUCCUUGGUUGAGAUCACUUCGGGCAGCAGAACCCAACAGCUUCGCCAGAUACGAUUUUGAAGAUGACGAAGAAAGCACCAUCUAUGCUCCUCGAAGGAAAGGGCAGCUGUCCGCAGACAUCUGUAUGGAAACGAUAGGAGAAGAAAUUUCAGAGAUGCGUCAGAUGAAGAAGGGCGUGUUCCAGCGAGUAGUGGCAAUUUUUAUCCACUAUUGUGAUGUCAACGGAGAGCCAGUCGAAGAUGACUACAUUUGA